ACAAUAACCAUCCACGGAUUUAAAUAUAUUUCCUCCCGUCUUUUAAAAUCAAAAAAGGACCUUUGUGCAAGUUUCUUUUCCCCUUUUAAUCACUGAUAGCCUAAAAUUCCAUGGCUGCUUGCCGUAUUUCACGCCCGAACCUUGUUUACCUCACCCCCUACCAGGUCGGACCUGAACCUUGCCCCGUCGCUCUGAUACUAUAAUCCCGGCCUUGUUUCACGCGUGGCCCUUAAGAAUCCCCAGUGUUGUUGCACUGGAAGCGGUGUAGGGGAAACAAAGGCCGCCGGAGUUCGUGGCUUUCAGCAGUGGCCAUGCAUCUUCCUGUGAAAGUGCUUAUAAUUGGGGCUGGAAAUCGGGGACAGACUUAUUCAUCUUUUGCCAAAGAUUUUCCAGAGCGGAUGAAGAUUGUGGGAGUUGCAGACUGCUGCCAGGUUGCCAGACAGAAUUUACAAAUGAAAUACUCAGUGGCGGAUUAUAAUGUCUUUGAUGAUUGGAGGGGAGCUGCAUCACGGGAGAAGUUUGCAGAUGCAGUGAUCAUAGCAACACCUGACAGACAGCACAAGGAACCAGCAGUGGCAUUUGCAGAAAAGGGCUACCACAUCCUGCUGGAGAAACCCAUGGCUGUGACUGUUGAUGAUUGUAAGGACAUCAUCGCAGCAUGCAAGAAGCACAAUGUGAUGCUUGCGGUUUGUCAUGUCCUGAGGUACUCACCAGCAAUUUUAAAAAUAAAGGAGCUGCUAAGCCAGGGAGUGAUAGGAGAAGUGGUCCACAUCCAACAUCUGGAACCUGUUGGUUUUUAUCACUUUGCACACUCAUUUGUGCGAGGGAACUGGAGAAAUGAGCAGGGGAGCACCUUCUCACUAAUGGCUAAAUCUUGCCAUGACAUUGACAUCAUCAACAGCCUGAUCGAAAAAAGGUGCAUCAAGGUUUCAUCAUUUGGAUCUCUCACACACUUUACCAAAGAAAAUAAGCCUCAGGGUGCUGCUUCCAGAUGCUUGAAUUGUGCUGUGGAGCAGAACUGUCCAUACUCUGCCAAGAAGCUGUACCUGGAAGGUGUCAAGAAUGGUCAUAAAGAAUGGCCUAUCUCGACUAUCUGUGAAGGCGCUGAUGUUGAUAUCGAGUCGGUUACUAAGGCACUUCGUAAAGGACCGUAUGGGAGAUGUGUGUACGAAUGCGACAACGAUGUUGUCACCCAUCAAGUUGUGAAUAUGGAGUUUGAAGGAGGAGUGACAGCAGCUUUCACUAUGGUGGCCUUCACUGAAAAGCUGUGUAGCAGGAGCAUCACGGUUUAUGGAACUAAGGGGGAGCUCUCAAGUGAGGGCCAGCAUCCAGUGAAAGUUUUUGACUUCCUUACACAGACAAAGAAAGAAUACCCCUUGGAUUAUUCCAUUCUGCAACAAACACAGCUGACGGGGCAUGGUGGAGCAGACUUCUACCUUAUGGACAGUUUUAUACGGGCUGUUGCUGAGAAUAAUCCAUCACUGAUCAGGACAGGUCCCGAGGAAACCCUAGCCAGUCACCUGCUGGUCUUUGAUGCAGAGCAUGCUCGAAGAGAAAGUCGCAUUGUCUACUGUAAUUGGGCAGAAUAAUCAACAGCUGAAGUCACUUAACAACUGGAUGAAAUUUGUAAGGAUGUUUCAGGAAUUAGAACUUGCAAUGUAGAGCUUUAUACAUUCCAGGUAUAACUUGCCGUUCAGUAGCAGUGGGAAGUAAACCAGGUUCAGCUUCAGCUCUAUUCUUCAAGAUAGAUUUUAAAGUCUACUAUUGAUUAGGGAAUGGAAUUGAGUCUGUUAUUAAAAUGCUCGGGUAUAAUGAAGUAUUAAAAGAUGGUUUGUGCAUACCUGUGGACAAUAGUCCAAGAUGUAAGUUCUAAUUAUUAGCACCAUUGAUCAGGGAAUUAAUUUCGUUAUUUGAUUUACUUUCAGAAAUCAACAGAAAAAGAUAGGUCAAUGUAAGACAAUGCUUUAAAUGGAGGUCAGUGUCAAUGAGGCAGGGAGUAAAUUAGUAAGGAAAGGGAGUAAAUGAAUCAGGAAACUUGAUCAAUUCUAUUUGCCACUGAGCAAACUGAAAUCUGCACCAGGAGAAAGGGUGGGUCAGUGUUGUUUGACUUUAUAUUGGUUUGAACAGUACAGUAAGUGCUGUAACUGGAUUUUGUUGUGAAUUAGGUUACUGAACAACAGUUCUAGAAAAGAACAGAUGAUUUUCUAUCAACCGAAUUUAACUGUAAAUCAUUUUUUUCUUUUCACAAAGUGUGAAUUUACUUAAUGGCACAGUCAGAUUAAUGUUAAAUAGGAAGGAUUAGAACUGCCCCUUGUGAUUUCAAAUUGGUAAUUUAAAGAGAGUCUACUGGAAUUUGCUUUUAUUUUCCAAUUCAUGCAGGGCUGCUGUGACUGAAUAGGAUUGGUGAGAAAAGUCUACUGGAAAGAGCUUCCUUAUAAUUUUAGUGGGAACAUGUUGCCUAGACUCUAGACAGUCAACCUACAUCAUUAACAAAGUGAUAGAAGUGUCACCAAGUUUCUUCAAGCUGCACUUACUCAAUAAUAAUCUGUGUAUUUCAUCAGUACAUUCAGUUUACAGCUGAACUCCAGAGGCAAGGCAAAGUGUCUGCCUUGACAUCAAAGCAGAUUUGGCUGUGGCAUCGGGAGGUCUGAUAAAGCUGAAGUGACUGGACAUCUUGGGACAAAAAAUAGGGAGUAAGCUGUACAAUUUUGAGCAAGAAUUGAUGAAGGAACAGUAGUAUACAAUAUGUCCAACAUGAAGUGUAUGAGUAGGGAAACUUGUAAAAGACAUAACUUCCCUUCUAGUCGUAAAGCCACAUAUUUUGGGAGAUAAUAUUGAUGCCUAUGUAAGUUAUGAUACAGUAGUAUUCAUCACUGAUUUCUUCAGCUAGAAAUCAACUACAGGGAUGUUAGAAAUGUUUCCAUAUCUAUUUCAUCUCUGCAGAUACCAAACUAGACAAACACUUUUUGAUGCUGAAACAUUAUGCAAAACUAUUUGUUUGAAGAUUGUUCAGUGAUGAAUCAUACAGGGUGAUUUUACUGCAGAGGUGUUUUUACCAUAUUGUAACGGAUUUAUAAGUGUAAAUUGGUGUUACAGAGUCAUCAACCAAAUGCUUUUAACUUCAGACUAGCCUGAAAACAACGUUUAUAUAAUUCCCAUAAACCAUAGAACCAUAGAAACUACAGUACAGAAAUAGGCCCUUUGGCCCUUCUUGGCUGUGCCGAACCAUUUUCUGCCUAGUCCCACUGACCUGCACAUGGAUCAUAUCCCUCCAUACACCUCCCAUCCAUGUACCUGUCCAAUUUAUUCUUAAAUGUUAAAAAAGAACCCGCAUUUACCACCUCGUCUGGCAGCUCAUUCCAUACUCCCACCACUCUCUGUGUGAAGAAGCCCCCCCCUAAUGUUCCCUUUAAACUUUUCCCCCCUCACCCUUAACCCAUGUCCUCUGGUUUUUUUCUCCCCUUGCCUCAGUGGAAAAAGCCUGCUUGCAUUCACUCUAUCUAAUUUUAUAUACCUCUAUCAAAUCUCCCCUUAUUCUUCUACGCUCCAGGGAAUAAAGUCCUAACCUAUUCAACCUUUCUCUGUAACUGAGUUUCUCAAGUCCUGGCAACAUCCUUGUAAACCUUCUCUACACUCUUUCAACCUUAUUUAUAUCCUUCCUGUAAUUUGGUGACCAAAACUGAACACAAUACUCCAGAUUCGGCCUCACCAAUGCCUUAUACAACCUCAUCAUAACAUUCCUGCUCUUAUACUCAAUACUUCGAUUAAUAAAGGCCAGUGUACCAAAAGCUCUCUUUACGAUCCUAUCUACGUGUGUCGACACUUUUAGGGAAUUUUGUAUCUGUAUUCCCAGAUCCCUCUGUUCCACUGCACUCCUCAGUGCCUUACCAUUAACCCUGUAUGUUCUACGUUGGUUUGUCCUUCCAAAGUGCAAUACCUCACACUUGUCAGUAUUAAACUCCAUCUGCCAUUUUUCAGCCCAUUUUUCCAGCUGGUCCAAGUCCCUCUGCAGGCUCUGAAAACCUUCCUCACUGUCUACUACACCUCCAAUCUUUGUAUCAUCAGCAAACUUGCUGAUCCAAUUUACCACAUUAUCAUCCAGAUCAUUGAUAUGUGGCAUGGAAUUUUAAAAGCACUUAAUAGCUGACUGAUUUGCUCAUGUAGACACCCUCACUGUUUUCUUGAGGAACUGGUAUUUUUUGCCUGAAGCCCCAAAAUUCCAGAUAGCCUUUUGCCAUUAUCUUCAUGAACUUAGACAAACUCAUUGCAGUGCCUGUACACUACACCAAUCACAGCCAUUCUUAUGGAAUGAAGACAUAAAUAUUGAAUUGACACAGUUACAUUAUUGAUCUCUGGUAAACACAAGUAAUUCUGCAGCUGCUGGAAAUCCAGAGCAACACACACAAAAUGCUGGAGGAACUCAGCAGGUCAGGCAGCAUCUAUGAAGUUGAAUAAACAGUUGACAUUUCGGGCUGAGACCCUUCUUCAGCACACAUUCCCAUAUUAUUAGUGAUUUAUAAAGGUAAGUUGGUGUUAUAGAGUCAUCAACCAAAUGCUUUUGAUCUCUGUUGUUGGUUUGUUAUUGUGA